UCCUUUCCCCUUCUGGCGACUAGGGUUCGUCCCGCCGUCGCCCUUGCUGGUGGACACCGGCCCGCUCCUCCACCACGACGGCUUGGCGCCGCCGUCCACCGACCGCCUCCGGAUCUGUCCCCGUCCGCCUGAAGAUCCCCUCCACUUUGCCACCAGGGACUCUUCUCCUGCUGCUGCCGUUACAUGGGGAGAGGAGCACCGGCUAGCCACCACCGCUGGAUGCCUCCAUCCCCCUUCCUCCUUCACCCGACGAACCUCUUCACUCCGGGAACUUGCUGCUGCUGCUAAUCCGAGCUGCACCACCUACCUCGCUGAAGCUCUGUCCCGGCAGCUCUCUGUGAGAUGGAAAAGGAAAAGGCUAAUUGGGAUGCACAUCACAUAACUAUCUUCUAUGAGAUAUGCAAGGACGAGGUCGAUGCUGGAAAUAGGCCAAAGGGAUGUUUGAACCGUAGAGGGUACACACAUCUUGAAGAUAAGUUCUUUGAUAGGACUCGAAAAAGAUGUUCGCAGAAUCAAUUUAAAAACAAACGGGACAUGUUGAAGAGACAAUAUGUACAAUUCAUGUUGUUGAAAAAUGCGGCAACUGGGCUAGGUUGGGAUGAUGUGAACAAAACCAUUAUAGCCGAUGAUGAUUGGUGGAAAAUACAUCUUAAGAAAAAUCCUAAGCAUGCAAAGUACAAGAAGAAGGGGCUGGCCAACUUGGAAGAAAUCCGUGUCAUGUUCGCCAACGCACAUGUCACCGGGGCUACAUCAUCUAUUACUGGGGAGAUGUCAGACAACACAAAUGAUGAUGAUAUGCCUGAUGUUGGAGAAGAGUCUGAGGAGGAUGGAAAUGCAUUGAAGGAGGUCAAGGUUUCACCUAAGGAUGGAAAGGCGGCAAAGGAGGUCAAGGUAUCACCUAAGGAUGGAAGGCGGCAAAAUAUCUGAAGCGCAAGGCCAAGUUUAUUGACGAGUCAGCUAAGGAGGACAAGAACCCUUUUCUACGUGAGUAGAAGGCCACACUUGGGAAUAUAAAUUCAGAGAUAGCAGCAACUCAUGCUCCAGCAAGUGUUGUUCCUACCAUGAAGGAAGUUUUGACUUUGACGAAGUAUUGUGGGGCCGAGGAGGGAACUCCUUUGUAUUUCACAGCCACUGACCUUGUGCUCCAACCCAACUAUAGAGAGUUGUUCAUGCUGAUCGAAACAAAAAAGGGGAGACUUGAUUGGCUCAAUAGGAAACAUGAUCAAAUGAACAAAUAGAACCACAAAACCUUGUCCUCCAACUCAACUAUGUUUGAACUAUUUGUAUAACUAUUUGUUUUAGUACUAAUGAACACGUGUCUUUGUGAUGUAAUGAACCAUAUCUAUGUUAUUGCUGCCUUGUUUGUGACAAACCAU